AAUAUUUGUUCGUUUUCGUUUGAUUCACCCGUUGCUUUGCGUGCAUUGCAUGCAACAUGCAAGUUUGCGAGUAAAGUUUGUUCUUGUUGUGUGUUUGACGUACGGCGUUAAGCAAAGGAAGUUCAUUCGUUGCACUUGAAUGCACUUUACACAUAAUACUACAAUUGUAUUAUAAGAAGAUCCAAUAAGUUAUCGAAGGAACAUUAAAAUAAGUUUCGUUAGUGACUUGUGAAGUGAAGAAUAAGUGUUGCUUAACUUGGAUCCGGAGUUGCAAUUGAUCACCUUGUCGCCGGGUAAUUACGGUGCGACAAAAUAAGAUGGAGUAACUUGCAGGGCCGGCCGGGCAGCCGCCGCAGCAGGCAGGGCCACGCCGCCAGCGCACACGCAACAUGUGACCACCGACCGACGCGUCUCGAAGACACUGCGAAUAUUCAUGAAUCCCACAAGAUUACAUGAUCACGCACCUAUUUAUUCUACUUAAUUUUAAUAUAAACGAAUCUAGUCGCCAUAACACUUUUAACACGAAGCAAUUUAGACUGUAAUGAUAAGAGGAUAUGAAUAUCAAUUUUUAAACUAGUACAAAGAUUAAGGAAUUGAUGAGACAGUACAAAGAGGGAAAGCUAAUGUUGAUUUAAGAAUAAAUUGAUUCAUUUAGAAGUUCCCUGAGGAUUAUUCAGAAUGUCUGCAAGUUUCGAGCACUCCGCCAUGAAGAGCAGCUUCUCUUUGUCGUCGCUGCGCAGUGCCCCCGCGCCGCCCGCGCGCACCGACCAUCUGGAGCGCCCCUAUCACAGCCUCACCAAAAAGAGAAAGGAGCCGUGUCGCGAGGCGUGGCGCCGGAGCUGGGGCUCCGCGGCCAGCGGCAGCGCCGGCGACGACCUGUGGCCGCUGCUGCAGCACCACUACGACUACAUCAUGGACAACCACCUCAUCGACACCUGCAAGGAAGCAAACGGCGAGUUGCUAUCGAGCAAAUCGGCCGCUUUGCUGCCGCGGCUGAACCCGGCGGCCGGCUUCAACCGGCAGUGGUCGCUCAGCCAGCUCGUGGCCGAGUUCGGGGAGCUGUGCCAGUGGCUGUCGCAAGUUCAGGAGGAGAUCUAUUCUAGUCCCGAGAACCUGAGCAGCAGGAAGUUAAGAACGAGUCGAAUGGCUGAAUUGGCGUCGGUGGAGCCGCGCCGAGCGAAGUUCAUCGAGCAGGCGAGCGCCAUAUUGGAACGCAUUCCGGAGGCUAGUGCAGAGGUGACUUGGCGCGUGGACCAUUUGAACGCGAAAUGGGAAGGCCUGCGUCUGCUGCUGAGCCCUGAACAGCCUCAACGCGACGGAGAAGGCACUGACACCGUCGACACGUCGCACGAGCUCCGCUGCCUGCGGCGGUGGCUGCACGGUAUGGAGGGCCGCCUGCCGCCGCCCUCGCUGGCCGCGGCGCGCGCCGCGCCCUACCACGAGUUGCUGAGGAAACUGCGGGAGCAUGAGGUAUUGCAACGCGACGUCGAAUGCCACGGUCGGAUCGUGAGCUCGGUGGUGAGGCUGUGCGCGGGCGGCGACGCGGCGCGCGCGCUCGAGCGGCGCUGGCACCUCCUGUACCUGCGCGCCAUCGAGUGGCAGUGCCAUCUGGAGGCGUGCCUCGCUAGGAUCGAUAACCAGGGUUGUGCUUCAGCAGAAGCAGCAAGCGACAGCGACGAAGAACCGGCGUUGAAGCAGCCGCGACUAAGUCGGAAAGGAUCGCCACGGCGCGGCUCGCCACGACGACUUCGACCAGAGCGGCGGCGCGACAGUUCGGGCGACAGCAGGCAGUCGGCCUCAGAGGAGGAGCUGGAGUAUGUUGUAACGUACCCGUGGCGCGGCUUCGGGUCCGACUGCGAGUCUGAGCGACACAACAUGGACGCCCGCGUUCCGAGUGGAGGCAGCGGAGCAAGCGCCCGCGACACAGACCAGACGGUCCCGGCCAUGAUGGACGAACUCGAUGGGCUCGAACACACGACCGUACACAAACCGAGGACUCCACCGACAGUCGUCAAGAGAAAAAAGCCCGCCGACCCGUCGAAGUUCAACCAGACCUACCGGAAAUCCGACCACCUUGCCAUAUUUUACUGUAAGCACCGCGACACAGACUCGGACCGGCAAUUGGUCGAAACAGACGAGAAGAGUCAAGAAGAGUCCUCCGAAGAAGAAUGGACUUAUGUUAACUCUAAAGUAACUAACGAGGACUCCACUGAUAUAAUGACGUCAUCGGUCGAAAUACAAUGCGAGCUGCCUAUAGAUGAGAAAAAAGAACCUCCGAAAUUAUUGCCGACGCCUGAUUUGAUAAGAGAUAACACAAGAUGCAAGGACAUAGAGAGGCUGGUGAUUCAGGCUGAGGAGUUGGUACAGAAGCAGGCGCAGCAGCAAAUGGCUAAGAAAAAGGGGGCGAGGAGCUUCAAGCCGUUGGCGUUCGAGGAGGACGGCAAGAACGUCAGCCGCGCCAAGAUGUCGCGCAUCAAGGAGUGGCUGAACCAGAGCUCGGAGGGGAACAACAACAUAACUGGUACAGAAAGUUGUGACGCAUCCGGCGAGUACACCACCGAGAGCGAAGUGGACACUUCACUGACCUCUGAAGAGCGGAACAUACACUCUUCAAUGGAUAUGAGUACCUCCACUUGCACGGUCACGCCUACACACCACGCCAAGGUGCAACUCCGCAAGAAGCGAGGAGGCAACAGCGCGCGGCCGUGGUCCGUGUCGUGCAUCUCGCAGCUGAGCGGCGCGGCCGCCUCGCUCGCGGCCACGCCCACCGCCGACGCCAUCAACAGCGCUAUGUCCAUAUCCGAGUCCGCGCUCAACACGCUGGCCUCGCCGCAGAGGGUCACGCCGUCCAAUUCUAACUCGAAGCUGCGGGGCAGCACUACUACUGUACAGGGCCACGUGUCCAGCACAAACACAAUGACGGAGGCGUGCACGUCGUGCGUGGAGGCAGCCGACAAGCAGGGCUGGCCGCGGCGCAAGCGGCUCAAGCUGCGGCGGCACAAGCGCAUGGUCAAGAGCCUGUCCUUCUGCGAGAUCACGCCCGACCUAGAGGACAAGCACGAGCGCAGCACGGCCAGCGACCCCGCUAUGAGCAAGAAGAAUAGGUUUGACACGACAUCGACCUCCGGCAACGACAGCGACGAAGAACUAAUCAAACAACAGCUCGCGACGAUCGCCAACCUGCGCAAGAGCAUAGAGAAGACGCACAUUUCCUCGCGAGAGGACAACGCCAUCCCCGAACAGAACGAACCUGACAUCUCAGGGGGCGUCGCGCCGAGCUUCAGGAUCGGCCCCGCCGGCGGCCUGGUCAGGCCGAGGAUAGCAAGGAGCAUGGAUCGAGAAAAGACAUUCCUCGCACUGAGUUUGGGCGACCCCAGCCAGCUCUGGGACCUCAGCAUGGACAAGGACUCGGACAUAGACAAAAGUGUGACGGCCGGCACGGAGGAGCAUAGCUCAUUCUCGGAGCAGGCAUGGGAUUUCUAUCAGGAAAAGUACAAUUCAGAGCCGUAUUCGGAGGCGCCAGACUCGGACGCGGCGCGGCGCCUGCUCGAGUUCGGCGACGACUACCGCGCCUUCCUCGACUCGCAGUCCGACUGCUGCUCCAGCCUGUCGGCGCAGCCCGAGCGCGACUCGCCCGCCCGCCGCCGCGACCUUCGCCAGAAGCGGCCCGUCGACACUCCGCCUCGCAAACCCAAAAAAUCUAUGUCGAGCGCCGAGCGCAAGAAGUCCCUCCUCGACAGCCUGGAGAGGUCCCGGAACAAUACUAGCAUCGAGAGCAACGACGGCGUUCGCCGCCGCAAAGCGUCCGAGAGCGAUCGCAAAAGUAACAAGCGAUCACCCGAGUUCGACCUGCUCAACGUGCAGGCGCUGAGCCGCCGCCGGCACAGCUCGAACAUGACCAGCGACGAGGUCAACAGCUCCCUGGAGUACACCGAGGUCAACAACCGGCCGGACAUCCUCGACUCUUUGGGCCGAAGGAGAAGAAACGACAAGAACGUAGAGUCGGAGCUGCAGAAAGUGGCCCUGUCGGAGCUGCGCCGCCGCUCGACCGAACACGUGGAUUCGGAGGACGACACGUCGAGCCCCAAGAAGCACAGCCGAAGAAACUGGAGCGGAGAUUCCGACUCUGAGUCGGAGGAGGUGCGCUCGCUGGUGCGGCGCUCGAGCGCGCAGCUGGACGCGGCGGAGGCCAUGAUGGCGCGCCACGAGGCGUCGCCCGACCUGCUCCGCGCCUUCGACUACACGGAGCUGGAGACGCGGUGCCGGGACAACAUCAACCUGCUGGACGCCGCGCUGGCCGGAGGCUCGCUGUCGCCCGCGCUGCAGCGGGACAUCAGAGCGGUAUCGGCGCGAUGGUCUGCGUUGCGCGCGGCGGCGAGUCGGCGCGGCGGCACCCGGCGCCUGCGUCGCGAGGUCGCAGCCCUGAAAGAGAACCUGCUCGACAUCUGCGAGCCCGAGGACUGCGCCCCGCAGCCGCACACCAGGGUGCAGCUGAACAGGAGGAUUGAAGAGUUGAAGGACCGCCUGGCGCGCCUGUUGGAUUGCAAAGUGUCCAUGCUGAAGAUAAAGGUGUCUGUGAAGCGGGCGCUCGGCGAAAACGAGCCUGAUGACAGCGGGCUGGCCGCCGACCUGGCAGCGUUGCUGGCUCUGUGGGAAGACGCGCAUCAACGCACGUCGAACGAGCUCCUCUCGCUGGAGAAGGCGGUGUGCGCGUGGGCCGAGUGGGAGAGCGCGCUGCGCGAGCUGCAGGGCGCGCUGCGCGGAGACCUGGCCACGCUGGAGGCCCUGAGGGACCGGCCCGGGGACGACUACAGCCAGGUCACCGCGCAGAUCCGGCAGCUGGCCGCCUCGCUUGUGGAUAAAAAGAAGGGUGGUUCGACGUGCGACUCGCUGUCGGACUCGGGCAUCUCGGACGGCGACAGCGAGGGCGCGGGCGGGCGCGCGCGGCGCCUGCACACGCUGCGCGAGCUGGCGCGCCGCCUGCAGGCCGCGCUCGCGCCCAACUCGCCCGCGCACAGGGCCAUCACUAAGCGCAUGGAGCAGACUGAAAAUGAGGUGCGAACAUUGCAAGAAUCUUGCCGUGCUUUGGUGGAACAAAGCAUUCCCGACUUAAAGAUCCACGAGGAAACAGAACGCAGCGUAAGUACCGUAAUGGGUAAGAAAACUGGAUCCGGCGAUCCGGACUACACGCCGCGCAGCGGCUGGGUGUGGCGCGUGCUGCGCUCGUCGCUGCCCAUCCAGCUGUGCCUCGUGGCGCUGCUGCUGGCCGCCUGGCUGGUGGAGCGGCCCCGCUGCUGCGACGCGCUCAACUCACUCGCACAAACACUCACGCCGCAGUUGCGCUACGUACGCGGCCCCCCGCCGGUCUGAAUGCGACCUUACAAUUUUUUUGUAUCCGUGCAACAUUGUAGCUGCGAUUCUGUCGGCGCGAAAAAGCUUGACGCUUUUUCAGAUUUUUUGUCGGCAGCGCCGACCUCUGAAAUGAGUGCCGUUUACGGCAAUUCCCGGAAAUACUUUAAGAAAGUAAGAUGGAAAUGGGAUAGUCUUCAAGUACUUGAUCUUUGACGUCAUUGCAUAUGCAAUACCUUAAUUUUAAUUUACUAACAUUUGGAAUGAUUAGAGCGUUUAAAUAUAUGACUUAGAAUGAGAUGCGAAGGUUUUUACUAACAAUACGCCAAGAAAAGGAAACUUAAAAUAGGUGUAAUGAGGAUUAUAGGUAGUUGAUUGGUGAUUUCAUAAUUAAGAUUUCUUUUAACUGUAAACAUAGUGAACACAAAAUAGGUCCACUAUUUAAUCAAACUGAAAUUCAAUUGAGAAGUCGUUAUACAAUUCCUUUUUGCUCACAGCAUGAAAAAGUUCAAAUUAAUGAAGUGUUCCAAAAAAAAGUAUCAUCUGUAUCAGAUGAAGUUCAAAGUAGUAGUAGUACGGUUACUGUAGUAUUUAAUGUACUAACAAUAACAAAACUUACUAAGUUUGUGUUAGUUUAGUCGCA